UUCCGCUUUAAUGAGUCGACCAUUUCCGGUUUUUCUUCCUGGGGGCUUGUGCUUGGGAAGCUCAAAUACAGGACAUUUUCAGGAAAAUUGAACAUCUAGAAAGGACAAGCUGACAUGGCAGAAAGAAAUGCAGAGAUGGAGGAAGCUGUAGGAGAAUUGCCUGCUGGGGAAGACGAGAAUGACUCUGAUAGAGAUGAAGAUGACAGGUUGUUUGUUUGGAUGGUAAAUGACGAUAUGGCUGAGGAAGAGGAAGAUGAUGAGGUGGAGGAUGAACAGCCAGUGGACACGGAAGCAUCUGAAUCAUUUGAGUUGGACGCCCCAGCCGAGCGCAGCGGUCAUAUAGCUGUAGUUGAUAGAAACAUCAUGUAUGUGUGGGGUGGAUACAAGAACGCUCAGAACCAUGGAUUCUUUGACUUAUAUUUGCCGAGAAAUGAAAUUUGGACCUACAACAUGGAAUCAGGCGUGUGGACAAAGCAUGUAGCAGGAGGUAACUUGCACACAUCAAUGUCGGGCAGCUGUGGCGUGUGUGUUGAUGGAGUGCUCCAUCUUUUUGGUGGUCAUCACGCCAGAGGAAACACAAACAGGAUCUACCGCCUGCCGCUAAGGGCUCCCACUCUUGUGUGGGAAGAAAUGAGGGAUCUUAAAGGACUUCCUCCAUCUUCCAAAGACAAAUUAGGGUGCUGGGUUCAGAAGAACAGACUAAUAUUCUUCGGGGGCUAUGGCUAUGCUCCACAGGGAUCUCAUCGAGGGACUUUUCAGUAUGAUGAAUCAUCUUCUUUCAUGUGGGACAGCCCCGGACGUGGCUGGAACAAUCACAUCCACAUCCUGGACCUGGAGACAUCCACAUGGAGCCAACCUAUCACUCAGGGGAGCACACCGUCACCCAGAGCAGCUCAUGCUUGUGCUACAGUCGGCAACAGAGGUUACGUAUUCGGUGGACGAUACAAGAAUUACAGACUAAAUGACCUGUACUACCUUGACCUGGACACAUGGGAGUGGCAUGAAAUGAGCGUUCCCCAGCAGGGUCCCGUGGGCCGCUCUUGGCACUCCUUUACACCUGUGUCAUCAGACCAUAUCUUCCUUUUCGGAGGCUUCACCACAGAGAGAGACACGCUGAGUGAUGCUUGGCUAUAUUGUGUAAGCAAGAAUGAAUGGAAGCCUUUCAAACACAAUCACACAGAGAGCCCCAGGCUGUGGCACACAGCAUGUUCUGGUCCUGAUGGAGAGGUGUUUGUUUUCGGAGGAUGUGCCAACAAUCUUCUGUCCCAUCACAGAGCUGCUCACAGCAAUGAGUUACUAGUUUUCAACGUUCAGCCCAAAUCAUUAGUUCGGUUGUGCAUGGAGACGGUUCUGCAGAACAGGGCGCGUUUGUCUUGCUACUGGGACUGCUUGCCUAAACACCUCUUACACAGCCUCAAACAGAGAAUGUCCCGUGUCAACACACUGGGAUCUUAGGUUCAGAGGACACAAGUAUUGUAUUCCAGAGGAUUUCAGAGUUGUGUACAGGAGUGUAUGUAUGAAUGUGACACAAUGUGUUUCUCUGAAAGCAGGCAGUCCUUUUAGAGCAUUGGUUUACUGUGAGGACACUUGCAAAAGAAACAUUUCUAAGCAAUAGUGAACAGCUACAUAUUUGUAGCCAUCAAAGGUGUCUUUGCUUUUUUCUUUUUUCCCUCGUCUAGGCAGAAAAGCAUUGUAAAGCAUUUCAUCCCUGCAUCUCAUGUUUAAAAAAAGAAAAAAAAAGAAAUCCCAAUCAACAAUGUUGACUAAAGACUUUCGGUAAGCUUGCAACUGCAAACAGCACAACACUGGCCAGCAGUAAUCAGUGUCUGGGACAAUCUGCUCCCACUAAUGGAAUUUUCUGUCUGUACUGUGAAGAUUUCAAUAUGAUGGCAGUUUGCAAUUACUGUGGCUGGAACUACCCCUGUGGUUGUUUGCUUAGCAAACGAGCAACAGGGUUCAAACCAGCGCUUCUCUCAAGGUUCAGAUUUUUCCCAAGAAGAGUAAAACUGUGGAACGGUAUGGAGGCUAGCUUGGAUGGUAGAAACGAGACACUACUAGUUAGUUUUUGUUCUCAGGUUUCUUUUUGAGGAGUACUUUGUUCAUUUUCUCCAGAAAAAAAUGUAAAUCUUUCAACAUGUCAGGAAGACUAUGGGAAAAAUAGUU